AUGAAUGAACAAGCGUACCAUCUUCUCGGGAACAGAGUGUUGGCGGUGAAGGUCAUUCCUCUGGACAUCACAGUGGAACUACAGAAACAGAUCAUGUCCGAGUUGGAGAUCCUCUACAAGUGUGAUUCCUCCUACAUCAUAACCUUCUACAGUGCCUUCUUUGUGGAGAACAGGAUCUCCAUAUGCACAGAGUACAUGGACGGUGGCUCUCUGGACGUAUACAGGAGGAUUCCAGAACAUGUGUUGGGUAGGAUCUCUGUGGCGGUAGUGAAAGGUCUAACCUAUCUAUGGAGCCUGAAGAUUCUUCACAGAGACGUCAAGCCUUCCAACAUGCUGGUCAACACUAGAGGUCAAGUGAAGCUCUGUGACUUUGGAGUCAGCACGCAGUUGGUGAAUUCCAUCGCCAAGACGUAUGUGGGAACUAACGCCUACAUGGCACCAGAGAGGAUAUCUGGGGAGCAGUAUGGCAUCCAUUCAGACGUCUGGAGCGUGGGCAUCUCCUUCAUGGAGUUGGCACUGGGCGCUUUUCCCUAUCCACAGAUUCAGAAAAACCAAGGAUCUUUAAUGCCUCUCCAGUUACUGCAAUGCAUCGUUGAUGAGGACCCUCCUGUUCUUCCUGUGGGUCAGUUCAGCCAGAACUUUGUCCACUUCAUCACACAGUGCAUGAAGAGACUCCCUAAAGAGAGACCUGCUCCCAACAACCUGAUGGUGAGUUGUUGUCAAGCUGAAUUCUGGGGCCCCCACUGCACUAACCGGUGCCAGUGUCAGAACCGGGCCCAGUGUAACCCCAUCACGGGGGCGUGUGUGUGUACGGACGGGUACCAGGGCUGGCGCUGUGAGGAGCUGUGCGAGGCGGGGCUCUACGGGAAGGGAUGCCAGCUAGAGUGCCAGUGUCUCAACGGUGCCACCUGCCAUCACGAGACCGGAGAGUGCCUCUGUGCACCGGGAUACACCGGGGCUAU